GGCGAAGCGCUUGGCUGAUGAGAUGCGAGAGCGUCAGAAGAGGGAAGCGGAGGAGAAGGCGAAGAGGGAUGCAGAGGAGAAGAUCAAGCAGCAGGCAGAGGAGAAGAUCAAGCAGCAGGCGGAGGAGAAGCUGAAGAAGGAGAGGGAAGCCGAGGAGCGGAGGAAAGCUGAAGAGGAUCGUGCACGGAAGGAGAAGGAAAGGGAAGAGGAGGAACGGAGACGGAAGCAGCAGGAGGAGGAGGCUCGUAAGGAGGCGGAGAAGGCGAAGGAGGAGGAGGAGCGGUUACGCAAGGAGGAAGAGAGGCUCAAGGCGGAGGAGGAGACGGUCGCUACGACGGGUGAGACGCCAUCAGCUGCAGAGCCGGAGGACGGCGAGCUCGACGAGUCUGAGGCAAACCCCACGCCCGAGGUCAUAGAGAAGGAGACUCAGGAAAAGCCGCAAGACAAGGGAAUUCUCAGAAUUGACACUGCUGUGGCAGCAGGGGAGACACCCAAGAAGCGGCAUCCUGGCCCUCUCGACCUUUCUUCUACUCGCAACCAGUCCAUCGCCCAGCCCCUCCCUUCCGCCCUGGCCACCGCGCGGAUCAUUGAAGAUCUUGGCAGUGUGUCGUAUCCCGAGGGUAUCAAGAGUCCCAAGGUCGAGCUCAACGUGAACGCCAAACAUGGCAAGUUCAGGUACGACCGUGACUUCCUCAUGCAGUUCAUGAAGAUUUGCAAGGACAAGCCUGACAACCUCCCGCCACUCGAUGCCAUCGGUCUCGAGCCCUCUGAGCAGGGUGCUGGUGUCCCGAUGAGUCGUGGUGGUUCGCAACGGCGCUCGGCGUCCGCCAUGGGCCCGCCGCCUCCGAACUCCGCGCGCCAGCUGCAGGGCCUUGGUCUUUCAAAUCUCAAUGGUCCGAGUGGCAGCUUCACCAUGGGCAAGUUCGCGACGCCGGGCAUAAAGACCAGCGAGGACCGUUUCAAAGAGGCGAGCAUGGGUCGCUCAGCCUCGAUGGCUGGUGGUCCUCCGGGCGUUGGCAUGCAGUUUGGCGGGCGACCAUCUCCUAUGGUCCGUUCGUCCAGUCAAGGUGGCCCUAGUGCUAUGGGCAGCAAGCGUACCAGGAGCAAACGGGGCGUCGACCGUGGUGAGGUGAACAGGGGUGGUCCAGGUCCAUCCUUUGGCAGUUCGUCACUCUCGCAACCUGGCAUGAUGUCUCUCGAACCGGUGGCACCGCUCGAGCGCUCUGCAAACCGGUGGCAACCUGCGAGCAUUGGCAAGAAGCCGCAGGUCGAAUCGGACUCGCCGGAUGUCGUCGACCGCAAGGUCCGCGCGCUGCUCAACAAGCUUACGAUGGAGCGCUUCGACUCGAUCUCUGACCAAAUCAUCGCAUGGGCGAAUAAGUCAGAAAACGAGCAAGACGGGCGGACACUCAUCCAGGUCAUCCGACUCGUAUUCGAGAAGGCGACAGAUGAGGCUAACUGGUCGGAGAUGUACGCGCGGCUGUGCCGCAAGAUGAUGGAGCAGAUUAGCCCGAAGGUUCAGGACGAGGGUAUCAAGAAUGCGGAGGGUAAACCCAUUGCGGGUGGUCAGCUCUUCCGUAAAUAUCUCCUCAACCGGUGCCAGGAAGACUUCGAGCACGGAUGGGCUGCGAAGGAAAGUACUGCCGCGGCCGCAGCCACCAAGGCCACCGAGGACCGGGCCGCCAAGGACGCCGCUGACAAGGACGAGGAUGGCGAGGCUGCACUGUAUUCAGAAGAAUACUAUGCUGCGCAGAAGGCGAAGCGGCAAGGUCUCGGUCUUAUCAAGUUCAUCGGUGAGCUGUUCAAGCUGCAGAUGCUCACGGAGCGUAUCAUGCACGAAUGUGUCAAGAAGCUCCUGGGUAACGUCGAGAAUCCCGAGGAGGAGGAGAUCGAGAGUCUUUGCAAGCUCCUUGCGACCGUCGGUCAGUCUCUUGACACGCCGAAGGCCCGUGCGCACAUGGAUGUCUACUUUGCGCGUAUGAAGGAGUUGACGAAGAGUGGGAACGUCAACUCACGUAUGCAGUUUAUGCUUCUCGACCUUCUUGAGUUCCGCGAACGCAAGUGGAUACCUCGUAACCUGGCUGCCGCUCCUACCACGAUUGCUGCUGUCCAUGCACAAGCUGCGAAGGAGACCGCCGCAAACCAGAAGGACUACCAGCGCACACAUAGCAUGUCGCGCGGUGGCUCCAAGCGUGGCGGUGACCGUGGUGAGCUGGGGCAAGUCGGUCCCGAUGGUUGGGCCGUUGCUGGCAAUGCGCCUCCGCGUCUGCCUCCGAAGGCGGGUGACCUGUCUAACUUCGGCAAGAUCAGCAAAACAAACUCGAUGUCCUUUGGUCCUACGGGUGUGUUCGCGAAGGACAAGGGCAAGCGCGAAUCCUCGUCGUUGUCACGGGGCUCGAAUAUGUUCUCGAAGUUGAUGGAGAACCCCGAGCUCGCUGCAGAGGCUGUAGCCGCACAGCCUAGCCGACCUCCGAGCCGCAAGGCUAGUGUCGACUUGGGCGCCGCUGGCGCACCUGAGGCUCCGUUACAGCGUAGGAAGCUCAAUCUUCUUCCACGAACCGUGGCCAAGCCCGACGAGGCUCGGACGGACUCGACGCCGGCACAGUCGGAGGCUGGCCACUCGGACGACGAAGAGUCUACGGCACCAUCGAUGUCUGAGGAGGAAGCGAAGACCCGCGUUGGCGAAGACUCGAAAGAGUUCUUCAGCAUCCGCGAUCUGGACGAGGCUGAGGUGUACUUCAGCAAGCUUCCUUCAGAGCACCGAUGGCUGCUUGUUGACAAGCUUGUUACCUCUGCGAUUGAGGCAAAGGACAGCGACGCGCGGCUCGUAGGCGACUUUUUCUCUCGAGCGGUAUCGAAGGACCUCUGUUCACCAGAGGCCUUCGAGAAGGGUUUCGCACCGACCACCGAGAUCCUUGACGACAUUGUCAUUGACGCGCCGAUGGCACUCAACCUGAUGGCGAGCAUGAUAAAGGGCGCGCAGCUUGACGAGGAGCGACGGACCCGGCUUGCGAGCAAGUCUAUGGACAGUGAUAAGUUAAUCAGCCUGCUAUCAUAGAACAGUAGUACGUUUUCUGCUUCAUUCUCUGUGUUCCCAUCCCGCUGGUCAUGGUUCGUUCGUCCUCGUGCAUCAUCCGCAUCUUGUUAUUAUUCCACGCACGUCUGCGCUGGCUGUCCUGCAUCACGAUGUACAACAUCCAUAACUCGCUGUCAUACAUAAUUCAGAGCUUCCUUCGUUUUCUCUGCAA